AUGGAUAUGAAAGGACCUCAAGAUAUGUAAUAAUAAAAUAGUACUAAAAUUAAUAUUGGUUUUUGGAAUUAUAAAGGCUUAUCUCAAAAUAAAAUAGAACUUGAAUAAUAAGGAAUUUAUGAUAUAAUUAAUUCUGAUAAAUUGAAUUUCUAAGUUAUUCAAGUAAAAAUGAUUGGAUAUUAAAUAGAUAUAAAUAUUCAUGAUAUUUGUCUUAAGAAAUAAAAAAUGAAGAUUGUAUAUAAUUUUAUUAACUAAGCAUAUAAAUAAAUAUAUUUAAGAAAUAAUAAAAGUAUUUUAGAUAAAUGAACAAUUAGAUCUGAAAUAUUAGCAUACUAUUUUAAUGAAUCAUCAUUAAAUCAGCAAUUUGAAUGACUUGAUUGUUAUUGAUGACAAUAUAUAAUAACAACAAAAUGUGUAUACACCUGAUCCUAUUGAACAAAUGUCUUCAAUUUCAAAUUUUAUGAUUUUUUAGUUGAAACUAUUUAAGUAUUGAUAAAUCUAUUAUUUAAAGGGCUAAAAAUAACAUGAGGAUUUUUAAAAGGAAUUGCAUAUAACAGUUUUAGCACAAAAUGAUUUGCAAACUCUGA